UUUACCCGAAGUCUUAUUUCCUGUACAUGCGCUCUUUUAACUUCCUCUAACAACCAAACAUGUCGAAAAGAGGAAGAGGAGGUUCGGCAGGAGGGAAAUUUCGUAUUUCCCUUGGUCUUCCCGUGGGGGCAGUUAUUAACUGUGCUGACAACACAGGAGGUAAGAAUUUAUUUGUGAUAGCCGUGAAGGGCAUCAAAGGUCGACUCAACAGAUUACCAGCUGCAGGUUCGGGGGACAUGUUCGUAGCAACAUGCAAGAAAGGAAAACCCGAACUGAGAAAGAAAGUAAUGCCUGCAGUUGUUAUCCGUCAACGGAAACCAUUCCGAAGGAAGAACGGAGUGUUUAUAUAUUUUGAAGACAACGCUGGUGUCAUUGUGAACCCAAAGGGAGAAAUGAAAGGUUCAGCUAUUACCGGCCCCGUUGCCAAGGAGUGCGCAGACUUGUGGCCCCGUAUUGCGUCCAAUGCUAGCUCUAUCUCAUAAAGACAAUAUAAAUGGGUGGCAAUAAAGGGGUUGUAAAGACAAA